CUUACCCCCUGGGAAAAGUGGCCUUUGAAUUUCUAAUCCGCUGCACCAGAAGAUCUGUAAGAUAUCUGCCAGCUUGGUGGCCCAACAACAACCAACAACCACAAACAACCACAAACAACCACAAACAACCACAAACAACAACCACAACCACAACCACAACCACAACAACAACAAAUCUUUGGCAUUUGUUUUUCUUCUUCAGGAAGAAACUCACAGUCUGGAUACAUACCCUGUUUUCUUUGUAAAGUAUUGCCCUGCUACAAUUGGCAGUGUGUUAAAGCAAGAUUUCGUUGACUAAGGAGUCACCUUAGAAAAGUUCUUGGCAAUGGAGCAUGAAGACUUGUCGGCUGUGAGUUCCCUGUCAGAGGUGGAGCCAGGAGAGAAUGUGGAACAGCAAGAUGUAGCCAGCCUCGAGGCAAGGGAAAGCCCAGGAAGACAUCCGGGCAGUACUGUUUGCAAAGGAUUCUGGGAAGGAACAGUGCAAACCACCUUGGAUGAGGACUCAGAUGUACGGCGACGGCGCUUCCGGUGGUUCCGCUACCAGGAGGCUGAGGGGCCGCGUGAAGUUUGUGGACAACUUGAGAAACUUUGCCGUCAUUGGUUGAAGCCUGACACAUUCACGAAGGAGCAGAUUGUGGAUCUGGUGGUCCUAGAGCAAUUCCUGAGCACUCUGCCUAAGGAUAUGCAGAGCUGGGUUAGGAAAAAGGGAGCAGAGACCUGUCUCCAGGCUGUCAUCCUGGCAGAGGAUUUCCUACUGAAGCAGCAAGAGGUCAGGAGCCUGGAAGCACAGGCAAAGAAGACUGUAUCGGGUAACCAGUUGAGCGAGGGGAUCCCGCAAGAGCUUGACAAUGUUUCACUGGGUGCUGAACUGACAACGCUAAUGCAUUCUGGACCACACCCUCUUCAUGACCAAAUGGAAACAGUGGCUCAGCUAUUGAAUCCUGUACCCCUGGAGAAGCUGGUGACUUUUGAAGAAGUGGCCAUGUGUUUCACUGAGGAAGAAUGGAGCAUGCUGGAUCCCAGCCAACGUGCCCUGUACAGGGAGGUCAUGGUGGAGAAUUAUCGGACUGUGGCCUUGCUGGAACAUCUUCUGAUUCCUAAACCCGACUUGAUCUGCUGGCUGGAAGAGGAAGAGCUACGUGAGCGUUGCACCAACACAGGAGACAGAUCAGCAGGGUCAAAGCAUGAGAAUGAGGAGAAAGCUUGUGACAUUUGGGCAGAAGAAAUGAGGGGACAGAUUUUUGGGCUCCAAGUUGGGCUGAAGAUGCAGGAUAGAAAACAAGCAGAGAAAUGGAAGAAUGAUUUUUUUCUUUCUCAGGAUGCUGACUUCCAUGAAAUGUCACUCCAGCGGGAACAACAAAAAGGAAAGAAAAGGAACGAGUGUCCCGUGUGCGGGCAAAUCUUCAGUCACAAAUCCAGCCUCGUUACUCAUCAGAGAAUCCACACAGGUGAAAAACCCUAUCAGUGUGCAGAAUGUGGAAAGAGGUUCAACCGGCGAACACGACUCACUUCACACCAGAGGCUCCACACGGGGGAGAAGCUGUACAACUGUCCAGACUGCAGUAAGAGCUUCUGUGAAAAAUCAAGUCUCAAAGCCCACCAGAGAACCCACACAGGUGAGAAACCGUAUAAAUGCCUGAGUUGCGGGAAGAGCUUCAGCCGUAGCUCAAAUCUGAUUACUCAUCAGAGAAUCCACACCAGGCAGAAACCCCGCAAGCGCUCCAAAAGUAGCAAAGGCUUUUCUUUUCAAUCUAGCCUCCCUUCUCAUGAGAGAAUUCAAACAGGAGGUGGCUUUAGCAGGAAUAUCGGUGAUAAGUCGGGUCAACUGGGACAUGAGGAUAUGUACCCAGUGGAAGAGAUAUAUAAAUGUUUUGACUGUGGAGAAAGUUUUAAUGAGAGUUCAAGUCUUUUUAUACACCAGACAGUUCAUUUACAUGAGAAAUCCUACAGCCUCUGCCAUGAUGGCUUUUGUGAGGAAUCCAGCCUUAUUGCUCCUCAGGGAAUCCACACAGGAGAGAGAACCUAUAAAUGCACGGAUUGUGAGAAGAUUUUCAGUCGGAGCUGGAGCCUCAUUACUCAUCAGAGAUAUCACAGAGGGGAGAAACCAUACAAAUGUACGGACUGCAGUGAAAGCUUUUGUGACAAGUCAGGCCUCGUCAGGCAUCAGAGAAUCCACACAGGAGAGAAACUGUACAAAUGCUUUGUUUGUGGCAAAAGCUUCAAUCAGAGCACCAACCUUUUUACACACCAGAGGAUCCAUACAGGUGAGAAACCAUACAAAUGUUUGGACUGCGGCAAAAGUUUUAAUCAGAGCUCACAUCUGAUCAGGCACCAGAGGCUCCACACUGGAGAGAAACCAUACAAAUGCUCAGAAUGUGGGAAAAGCUUUACACAGAGUCCGAAUCUCAUUAGGCACUGGAAAAUCCAUGCCCGAGAGAACACAUAGAGUUGUAUACUGAAGAAUAUUGCACACCAGAAAAUUCCCAGAACAUGUUACGGCAUAUAAAGAAAUCACCUAGUUAAGGGAGAGGAUGAAUAUGAUUCCAGCUGAGGAAACUUUCACCUGCAUGGAACACUUUAUUAGAUCCUGCACAAAUCCUGAGAUACUCACAAAAUAAAACAGUCCAACAGCACCUUAAAGACUAACAAAAUUUAUUCCAGCAUAAGCUCUCAUGAGUCAGAUCUCACUUCUUCAAAGAUACUCACAGAUCAUGGUUUUUCUCUAGGAAAACUCUUGGCCUUUCCUGAAUAGUAAGUCUGGGCAGAAGUAUUGGAAGUAUGGUUCUGUGUGUUUAAUAUUUUUUAAAGAGUCUAAACCAGUGGUACUCACUUUGUGUAUUACAGAGAGCCACAUUUGUAAUUACCAUCAACCAAAAAAGGCCACAUUGACUUCCAUUCCGUGCAUGAGGCCUACACUUCAGGGAGGCUCGCAACUUUCCUGUUCCUUCAGAUGCAGCUGUUUCAAGAUGGGGAACACCCACCAACCACAAGUCCCACAGGCCUUGUCCCACAGGCCUUGCCCACUUUCCUGAAACAAUGGACAGGUGCCACAUGGGGGAACGGUGCACAGAAGAGCCACAUGUGGCUCCCAAGCAACUAAGCCAGUAUCACUGCGCUAGGCCUCUCCUGAAGAGUUAAGGCCAGGCAGAACUUUUAGUAUUAGAAGUGUGAUGGUUCUGUAUUUUUUUUUAAGAAUUCAAACAGAAGAUGAGAGCUAGCCGUUAGAUUGUUAGUGUCAUACCUGUACUGUGCCUGUUGGAAUUUCACUUGCUCUUUAUUUCAAAAUUACUUGAAAUAAGCUUGUGUUCUCUCUCAAGUCCUCUGCCCCAAAGCAUGCCUUUGUGUGUGCGUGUGUGUGUGUGUGUGUGUGUGUGUGUGUGUGUCAGUUCUUAGCUUGGGUUUGGACCAGCGAAUAGUGGUCUGAGAAAGCAUUUCCCAUGAAAGGAAACAAUAGUGGCAGGAAAUCCAAAAAUGCACUAAUCAGAAAACCUGAGUUUGGCAAAAGA